AUGUAAGAGAUUGAGAAUAGAGAUAAUUAAGUUAUAUAUGAGUUUUUAUCAAAAGUUUUAGAUAAUGAAGAAUUUGAGCAAGACAAGUCUAUGAUAAGAUUUGUUUUGGUUGAAGACAUUAAAAUAUUAGUGGCUUUUUACAAGUUUUUUAAAUAAGAAGGUAAAGUAGUAUAAUUGAAAGUUGUAAACGAAUUAGUAAACUAAAAAGAUAAAAUAUAAUCUCACAGAACGACUGAGUCGAUUCGGUCUAGGUUUAGAUAUUAUCACUCUAAAUUGGAUAGGAAUAGGCUGCUUAAUUUAGUUGAUUUUUAUUUUUACUUAGUUUAGGAAAACGAAAAGCGUAAUAGAAGAUGUAAUAAAUAUACUAGACAUUAUGGUCUCUUACAUAAAUCCUGCUCUAUUUUAGAAUUCGAUAAAGUCAAGUAAGAGUUUCACAUAUAAUUUAUGGAUUUCAACUAAAGAUAAAAAAAGUAUGAGUUUAAGUUUUACACAUCAUAACAAGAGGCUGAGCUGAUAAAAAAAAUUCCAGUUAUAACUAAAAAAAUAUUAGAAUAGCCUUAGGAAAAUGAUUGGCGAUAGGAAGAUUUUAAAGAUGAAAAAGGAGAUAAUUAAUAGGAAUAUGUUGAGGAUGAUAUAGAAAAUGUUGAAGAAAGUGAUGGUGAAGAGAUAGGGUAGAAAGUUGCCAAAAAAUGGCAAUUAGUUACUCCAAGCUCCUCUGAAUAUAGUUCGUCAGAGAAAAAAAAAUAGAUUGAAACAACUAAAAAAAAAUUAUUUUAAAAAUAAAUUAUCAGAUAGCUAAAAGAUGAUUAAUAAAAUAUUUAGUAACCCAUAUAACUUAGCUAAAACAUCAAGAAUUAGGCUUAAAAGGUAGACUAAAAAGAAAAGCAAAAAAACUCGUAAGAACAAUUUUAAACGAAUUCAUAAAAUAUUUAAGAACAUAAAGUAGGAAGUACUACUACUAAUAAUAAUAAUAAUGAUAAUGAUAAUGAGAAUUUGUCAUUUAAAAAUGUUGUUAAAUAAAUAUAAUAAUACGAAAGCAAUUUUUAGAACGCUUAAAAGAAGAAGCAUCAUGAAUGCUAUAUAUAGCAAGAAAAUAGCUAAAAUUUCUUUGAUAAUAUGAGAAAUAGCGAAUUUAUGGGAGUCUUUAACUAGCCACCUUUUGGCAUAAAUAGUAAUUAAAAUUAUUACUAAGUAAUGCAAGAGCCAAAAUAAAAAUAUAAUAUGAAUUAAUUCUAGAAUUACCCUCAAAACUUUUACUUUAAUGCUUUAGAAAACAAUAAUUAAUAAGAUUUUUCUAAUAAACUUACUUAAAAUUUCAACAUAGGAGAUUAACCAAACAAUUUAGUUUAUAGGGAAAAUAAUUUAAAGAGAAAAGUUAGUCCUUUAUUUUACAAUAAAGAUGACAUAUAAAAUAUUAAUUAAAAUAAUGCUUAUGAAUCUGGUGAAGAUGAUGAAGCUGUGCUGGAAGAUCUUUCAGAAGACUCCAACUAAGAAUUAUUGCAGCUAAUACUUAAGAAAAAUAUAAUUUAUAAAAUGAAAGAGCAUUACAAAGAAGUAAUUUUUUAAGGUGAAAUUUAAACAGAAAACUAAAAAACUAUUAAUUACUUACUAGCAAAUUAAGAGCCAUCCAAUAAAUUAUUUUAAGAUUUAGAGGAAGAAUUAUAGGUUUAUUAGCAAGAAUUAAAUAAAUAAGAGAAAUGGGAUAACUUGAUAAAAUACUUAAAUGAGUAAUAUAGCUUAACUAAUGAGCAAAUUAUAUGUAUGCUUGACUUCUGCAAUUGGGAUACUAAAUUAAUAUUAAGCUACUUAUCAGAUCCUUCUUUUAAACCUUAGGAUUUGAUUUGGAACACCUAGGAAGAUGAAUAAUUAACAAAUAAUAGAGAAAUAAAAGAAAAUGAUUUAAGUUUAAAAAGCUUUGAAUAACAAAAUAAAAGAAAAUAGUUUCUAUAAAAAAUCAACAAUUAAUUGUAAUAAAAAUAAGAUUAAAAUUGA